GACGGGAGAACUCGCGACAAGGGACGCUACUCCUGUUUUGGGUGCAUUCGAGCACUGGUAAUAUUGAAUUCGCUAGCGAUUGCUGGUAAGUUAAUGGUUUCUAACAUGUAGAGACACCGCGGAGAUGGGUAGACUACAGUAUCAGACAAUGUGGAGAGGCUUGGAUUUACAACUGGAAAUAGGCAGCUGACCGAUCUGAGCCGUAAGUUUUGCGGCCUCGGACUCCCUGCAGGAUGCUCUUCGCUUGAUCCAGCUUAGGGUUAAGGAAUGGGGCAUCGUGGGGCGACCGAGGGGAGGGGAGAGGGAUUUAAGUUUUUUUCUUCUUCUCCUUCCGCACUUCCCCUUGGGUUGCCGGAAACGACAAUUACUACAACAAGAGCUUCCUGCUGAAAGGCACAUCGUGAACAAUGGGUCAGGGGAAUAGUCGUGAGAAAUUGGUCUUUUCGAAGGGUUCAUUCCCCCCCCCCUCUCGUUGGUGGGACUGUUGGAAGGGUGCCCAUCAUGCUAACCAACGAUACCUUCAACACGACAAGACCCCAACCACCCGGCAAACCUAAUCUGCAGUCUAUGCAAAAACUUCUACACCCUAGGCUGGGUAUGCCUCUCCUACCCUCUCCUACUCCCAAACUAAAGAUGUCAGGUAACCGGCACAGGCGGCGGCAUCUCCAUUCGCCAUGAAUCCCACGUCUACCUCGCCCCCUCGGGCGUCCAAAAGGAGCGCAUAACCCCCCAGGACAUGUUCGUAAUGGACUUUCCCACAAAAACCUACCUCCGCAGUCCCCCCUCCCUCAAGCCCUCGGCCUGCACGCCGCUGUUCAUGGCAUCGUUCACUAAGCGUAACGCGGGAGCGUGCAUACAUACGCACUCGCAGGCCGCCGUUUUGUGCACACUGUUGACGAAGGGAAGUACAUGGUCGAUUGCGAACGUCGAACAGAUCAAGGCGAUACCGAGGCCAUCUACCGGCGGGUAUUACGGAUUUUUUGAUAAGUUGGUUAUUCCGAUCAUCGAGAAUACCGCGCGGUAGGUUUGGCUCCUGGGUGGGACAAAGGUUAGCUAGCUCAUGGUGAAGGUAGCGAGGAGGACUUGACAGAGAGUCUCGAAAAAGCCAUUGACGAAUACCCCGAUACCUGCGCGGUCCUGGUUAGGAGGCAUGGAGUGUGGGUUACCUUUAUCUCAUCUCUCUCCGAAGUUUACCAUGUUUGAGCAAUCCUCCAUUCUGACCGCGCUCUCAAUCGUAGCUACGUCUGGGGCGACACCGUCUGGAAAGCAAAGACUCAGGCAGAAAGGUGAGAAUUGCGAUUUUCCAUGGAGGCAGUGUUGCUGAUCUGCUGCUGGCGGUUUUCAAAAAAAGCUUGGACUAUCUCUUCCAACUAGCCGUGGAAAUGGUCAAGUUAGGAAUGGACCCGGCGGGGCCAAUAACGGCCGCCGAAUAGGCGCUCCAGUUUGAAGAGUCGAUUAGUCAGGAGAGGGAAUGAAGGAUGGCGGCAAUGGAAAGGAUACUAGGAAGCAAAGCAUCACAAUAUAUCCCAAAUUUCCACGGGAUAGCCCUGGGGAGCCCACACUCCCAUUACCAUGAUUCACAAACCCUACUCGUAGGCUACGGGAUCCGUGAUAUACUGUACAUCCUCACUUACUCUACCCAACCGUAACGUAGCACAAGCUCCUUCCAAACAGGACAUGACCUACGGUACCCAUCCAGCCACCUCCACUGCAGACCUAUGAUAUUGCGGUACUGUCCUUGUAUCACCUUCUGGAAAGUCGUCAGUUUGACCGUCCUUCGCCAACCACCCCCCGAACGAAAAAGGAAAAAGAAAGGAAAGGAAAAGAAAAGAAAAGAGUAAAAAAAAAUUCUCCCCACGACCAUAGCAGGACUUGAGAUCCACCCUCCCAGUACCGUACUGUACCGGUUGAGGGCUGC